GCCAAAGUGAUUGCAGACAAAACCGCUUCAAUCUACCAGGGCAUCAGUUGCUCAACCACAUACAAUCAUGACAGCGCCCAGUCCCGUCGACGCACCACUUCACAUCCUCGAACUCCUCGCCGACCUCCACCAGAGGUCCCUGGACCAAGAGGCUCUCCUCUCCAAAACCGGCAAGGUCUUUUCCUCGAGCAUCCUGAGCGAGCUCCAAGAUCAGGACCCUACCAUCACCACCACCCCAGCGAACCCCAAAGAGCAGUUUGACCGCCUCAUGCUCGACAAAUUCAUCGCUCUGGACCAAGAUAAAUGUCAAUUCACCUACCAACUGGUCACUGCAAUGGGCGCCACGAACAUCGUCGAAGCCGGGACCAGCUUCGGCGUCAGCACGAUCUAUCUGGCCCUGGCAGUUGCUAAGACUACUUCCCGGACUGGAAAACCCGGCAUAGUGAUCGCUACCGAGAAGGAGGCAUCCAAAGCGGCGGCUGCACGGGGGUACUGGGCGCAGUGUGGCCCCGAGGUGGAGCGGCACAUCGAUUUGCGCGAGGGGGACCUGUUGGAAACAUUGAAGGACGGAUUGCCGGAGGAGAUCGAUCUAUUGCUUCUUGAUAUCUGGUCUGCGCUGGCCUUGCCAACGCUGCAAACGGUCUUGCCUCGUCUGCGUCGCGGUGCAGUGGUGCUCACCGAUAACACCAUCUCGGGAGCCAAAGGAUAUGCCGAUCUGCUGGCAUUCUUGCGGUCCUCUGAAAAUGGCUUCCAGAAUAUGACGCUGCCGUUCUCCAAUGGCUUUGAGAUGAGUGUUUACUUACCGUAAUUGGAGCUGUCGUUGUCCAGGGUGUAUUUACUAUAACUGUAGAACCUCAGGGCUGAGUAACGACAAUACAGCUUCUGAACAGUUG